UGGAAGGUCAUAAUGUAUUAGGCAUGUAAGUCAAGAAUGUGCUGAUGUCAGCACUGCUGCCUCAACAUGGUUCAACUCGAUUUUCCUGGUCGUUAACCUUUUAUCAGAACUGGACAAAGUGGUGACAUGUUUUUAAGAUGUACACAAAGAAAAGAGAUACAAGAGCACUGAAGGGAGGUUCCAUAAGAGGGUAAAAGGUGGGUGAAUUACAGAAGUGUUCUUGUUUUAGGUAAUAGGGCGGGUAAUAGGACAGUGUGUAAAACAAAAGUCACUCUUGAAGUUUCAACACGAAACAGAGUAAUUAUCCAAAAUGACCAGAAAAAGAGUUAGUGACAAACACUUACCAUGUUGUUGCCUGAACUUUUUGAACUUGAUGGGGAGUCUGGAAAGCUGCAAUGCGCUAAAUUAGGAAUUGUUUGUUGAGUUGUUUUGGGACAUUGUAGGAAUCUUUGUCUGAUUCUGAAGUUUAACCUCUUCCUGUUUACAGAUUGAACGAUCUUGGUAGCAGGCCUUGAAAAAAAUUAACUCCAUUAAGGUGCUGCAAUCAUCUCUGAAGAUGAUUUUGCCUUUGGGAUUAUUGAUUUUAUCUGCCUCGCAGAUCCAUGUGAGCUUCAUGGUGUAUUUUGUUGCUUUACUUCACCUGUGGCCUGUGGAAGGUGACAUUAUAGCAUAUUCUACUGAUAAUCGAACACAGAAUUUUGAUGAUCUCCCUUCAAGAUUUGGGUACCGUCUUCCUAAAGAUGGCCUAAAGGGAUUUCUUGUGUAUUCAAAACCAAAGAAUGCUUGUGAGCCAAUUAUUUCUCCACCCAUAAUGGAAAAUUCCUCCGUCAAUUACAUUGUUGUGAUUAGAAGAUUUGACUGCAAUUUUGAUAUCAAGGUUUUGAAUGCUCAGCGAGCUGGAUACAAAGCUGCCAUUGUGUACAAUGUUGAUUCUGAUGAUCUUAUUAGUAUGGGGUCCAAUGAUGUUGAUGUUUUUAAACAAAUCACCAUUCCAUCAGUGUUUAUUGGGGCAGCAUCAGCUAAGUACCUGGAAGAAUUCAGCUAUUACAGAGGCGGGCAUAUAGUGAUACUACCUGAUUUUAGUCUGCCGUUGGAGUACUAUCUAAUUCCAUUCCUCAUCAUAGUUGGAAUCUGCCUGAUCCUGAUUGCUAUUUUUAUGAUUUCAAAAUUUAUUCAAGAUAGACACAGGGCAAGAAGAAACAGGCUGCGUAAAGAUCAGCUGAAGAAACUACCAGUACACAAAUUCAAAAAGGGGGAUGAAUACGAGGUGUGUGCAAUCUGUCUGGAUGAAUAUGAAGAAGGUGACAAGCUUCGCAUUCUGCCCUGUUCACACGCGUAUCACUGUAAGUGUGUGGAUCCAUGGCUGACAAGAACAAAGAAAACCUGCCCUGUCUGCAAACAAAAAGUGGUGGCUUCUCAGGGAGAAUCUGAUUCGGAAACUGAUGAAGUAGACAGCAGCCAUGAAGAAAACGACGAUGCCUCUGAGAACACUCCUCUCCUGAGAUCAUCGCUUGCCUCCACCAGUGCCCAAUCCUUUGGUACAAUGACAGAAUCACAGUCUCACCCAGAGGCUGUGGAGUCCUCCGAUUAUGAAGAGGAGGAGGAAGGAGACAGUAGUGAAGCUGAGGACGAGGUUAAUGAAGAAACGGUAGUUCAGAUGCAACCAGAAACCCGUAAGAUCAGCACCGGAGAGCGAGGAACCAAGGAUCCAUUUGCAGUAGUUUGAUGAUUUUGUUUGGGGUUUUUUUAAUUUAAAAUGGCCAAUCUGCACAUCCUAUAAAAACAAUGAGUGUCAUAAUUAAAAGUUGGGGACAUUUUUCCAUAUGCUUUUCCACAGUUAAUGUAUCGCUACUUCACAACAUAUGCAUAUUUUCUCAGUUUUAAAACCUUUCACGGCUUCCUGCUCACGUGGCUGCUGGAAUAGAAAGCAGCUGCCAGAAGUAAUACAAAGCCGCCAACCAUUGAUUUUUGGUGACCUUGCACAGAUUAGAGGUCUGUUUCCCCUGAAUCACUGCUGCCUGUUUUAUCAUUAUUGCAGCAAUCUUGAGUGCGACAUUGAUCACUCAACUACCAAGUAGCUGGGUGGAACCAGUUACACAGAACUGAUAGUGACUUUCUCUGAAAGAAAGCAACGUGCAUACUGAGGUAGCUGAAUGUCUGACCCUUCCUUUGCAAAAAUAAAAUGCUUAUAUCAUGUAAUUUUAUCCAUUUCCUGUAUACUUUCAACCCAAGAAUCCAGCCAAUGAUUUUAGUUGCAAGUAUUUUCCCCAAUCAGGUUUAUUAUAACUGUUGAAAUUUUCAACUUAUUUUUGAUUUGAUUUUAAAGAAAGAAAAUUCUGCAUCUAUUUACGAUAAAUCAAUACAUUGACAUGUGAUUAAGUAGAGAAAAGAGACUAACAUUUUUUUACUCCCUAUAAAUGCUUUGGAAUUCCUCUCCAGCUUUUAUUUUAAGGUCAUAUUUUUAGAUAUCAUUUAUGAAGAGGGAGCUGGCAGGUACUUUUGUGUAUAUUUAAGUAUAUUCUUAAUUCGAGCUAUUUGAACAAAGUUUAUUGUGUCAAAUCACCCAUGUAUUAUGUGCCAAGACGGUGCAUACAAUAAUGAUCUUGAAAGCUAAGAUUCUUAAUAAAAAUGUUAUAAUUUAAGUAGUUUACAAUAUGACCUAUUGUGAUGACAAUGUUGACUGGAUAUGAUUUUAACAUAACUGGUCCCGUAUCCCUACACCUGAGGGAGAGGCCACCAACUAUCACAUAAGGUGCAGGAUUUAGUUACAUGGUGUUUAUCGGACCUACAUGGAGGAAGAUUAAGACGGACAGUCUAUGCCAGGGGUCGGCAACCAGGUCGAAUCUGGCCCGCAGACUUCCGUCAUCUCCGGUACCUCCUAGGCCCGAGGCCGCGGCACCCAGGCGCGGUGAUGCAAGGAGGCCUGCGCUGGCGGCCACAAUGGCGGACCCGCCGAGCACCGAACAUCCUGUGCAAAGCCGCCGACACGGCCGCACACCUUCUGUGUCUGAGCUGCACUGUCGGGAUCAGGGUUGUCAAUAGGCCGGGGACGAGUGAGCGUGAGUAUUUGAGCCACCGCCUUCAGGACAGCUCAAAGUUCAUGCUCCAAGUUCGUGAGCGCCCGUAACUAAGGGGCGGGAUCUAUGUGAACACAUGAUUUGAUGUCUGCCAUCCAGGGCGGGAUCCAUUUGUACAUGUGAUAUAUGUGGCCUGCCAUCCACUUACAGACAUGCGUCCUGGCCCCUAUGCAGAACAAGGUUGCCCACCCCUGAUCUAUGCUAUAUCAAUGAUUUUUGAAUCCUCUUCUGAAAGCGGGGGGAAAGUAACAAUCCCACAUUGAGACUGCAUAUGACAGCGUGCUAUUGUGAAUUAAUGUGGUCCAUAAUUUUUUAACCCCAGGUACGCUAACACAUCUUGUUGCACAAAAUUAAGGUUGUACUAAAAUAUUUGGGCAUUCUUUCCAGAAGCGUUUUUAAAUGUAACCUGUGGAUGUAUACCAUUCAGUUUCAUCCUCUUUGAAAUGUUUUUAAUACAUUGCUGCCCAGAGAGAGAUCUGUUGAGGUACAGUCCUGUAGCUUUCUCUGUAUUACAUUUAGAAGUCAAUGCCAGGUUUCUUUCAAGAUCUUCAUCCAAUUCCAAAAACAGCAGUAAUGCAUUCAUUUUUAUGUUGCUUGUUACUUGGGAAAUUCUAAUCUUGCAAUUUUAAAUGAAAAGUUAUGCCCUGCAUUGCUAAUAAAAAUUCUAAGAUCUUUUUGUAUUUCUCCAUUACCAAAAGGAAACGGGUCUGGGAUAGAUGAGAAUUUGAUUGCCCUCAGCUUUCUAGGUCGAAGCACAGCUGAAACUUGAUCAAUCUAAAGUCAAUCUAAACUGCAAAAAAAAUGUUUUCUUGAUAUCUCUUUUGAAAGUUAGAACAGCAGACAGAACUAAUCAACUCCAGAAAUAAUCAGUGAAGAAGUUUGUGCAGUUCUCGUGGUUGUAUAGUCUGUGAGUCAGUUCAUCUUAGCUUUUCAAUAUAUAUUGAGAUGGGUCAACAGGCCUCUCUAAAUUAAUAUUGUUUGACUGGGGUAGCUCUUCAGUUAUUUCACCUGAUGGGAUUUAGUUAUUGUAGCUUGGGUUAGUAAAGGGUGACACGUUUGACGCAUUCAGACACUUGUUAGCUGCUGCAAUUUCAGAAGGAAUAGCAUUGCUUGUCCGUGCACAAAAUGGUUCCUUAAUGUAAUUCCAAUCUAUUUUGCACUCACUAUAUAACAACUUAUGCUUCUAUUUCCAAACUUGCUGCACUUAAAAAUGUUGAGAACACAAGGUUACUUCAUCAUAGCACAGCUGCUGCACACUUAAAUUAAAUAAAGAUGGCUUGCUUAAAGAUCACUUAAUGAGCUCGUAUGGCUUUAUAAUCACAGGAGUACCUUUUACAGUAAAGAUGUUUAAGAAUAAUUUUCUAUGGAUAAUGUUCUACUAUCAUGGCCCAUGGAUCCCCGGUCUCUCUCAAGGCUGAUGUCAGAAAACAUGAAUUUAUUUUUCAUCACAAUCAGUUGAUCUGACUAGACAUUUUUUAUCUUGCUUCACUGCAAUUAAAUAUUACUAGUAUAAGUACAAGAUUUUUGUACUGAUCUUCUUUGGAAACUGUAUUUUGCAAUGAUGAAAUGUUACUAAAGGGAUAUAGUUCUAAUAUUGUAUAUUCAGUUCUGUCCUAAAUUUAUAAAUUCAUUCCAAACAAAUUUCAGCUCGCAUUUAAUUUGAAGCUACAUUUUUUAAAUGUUAGUGACACUAUGCCAAAUGUACUGUCUGAAAUAUCUUGUUUCAUUUUUGCAUCAGCAUCCUUUGUGGUUCAGUUUUUUUUUGGAUUAAUCAAAUUAAAUGUAUCUUCCUUCUAACUUUUGAGCUGCAUUCCCAUUUUUAAAUAUUCAUGUAAAAAUGUAAUGUUCAUUUAAGCCAUGUUCUUAAUAGAUGCUGCACAUGUACAAUGUUUUUAUUUAGUACACUCCACUCCAAACUUAUUAUUUGGCUUCAGUUGAGGCUAUUAUUGUAAUUAUUUCAUAGAAUAAAAGACAUGUUUCCAAAGAU